GCCGCCAGUUGAGCAGCUUUCAGCUUCAUCCCGGGACGAUUUCUUCUUCUUCUUCUUCGUGACCGAGGACCAGGUUUUACCGCCCCGUCGUGUCGCCAUCUUGUCCCUGAAGAGACGGUUGAGUCGGGAUGCGUGUUUCUAUUGUGUGGAGGAGAAGCAGAAGAAGCUCCAUGUGCGCGGAUUAACGGACUCUAACAAAAGACCCGCGCGCUGCUCGCCCCCCUCCCGCCGGCGCUUUCCGCGUGGGACUCCGGUUCUCCCGUGACACCGGACUCUGGUUCGUUCGGCCGUGGUCUGGGUCUCUGGUCCAGUUCUUUUUGACCCGGUUUCCCUUCUUUUAUUUCCCGCAAGAUGCCGCUGCUCCACCGGAGAGCCUUCGUCCGGCAGAGACCUCCAGCGGACCUGCGCCCGGACGAGGAGGUCUUCCUCUGCAAGAUCACCCACGAGAUCUUCAGGAGCUACGAUGAGUUCUUCGAGAGGACCAUCCUGUGUAACAGCCUGGUGUGGAGCUGCUCCCUGACGGGCCGGGCCGGGCUCACCUACCUGGAGGCCACAGACAGCGAGCGGCGGGCCCGGCUCAGCCUGCAGAGCUUCUCUGAGUCUCUGCUCCACCCGCUGCUCCACCUGGCCGCACUCAGCCGCUGCUGCAGGCUGACGGAGCUCUGUGAGCUGGUCUACGCCUUCGUCAAGGACCGCUUCUUCCCUGGGGAGACGGUGGACGUGGUGGGACGCAACGGGGCCAGACACGUGUGUGAGAUCCUGCAGGUCCUGUCUCCUCACUCCAGCGCUAAUGGUCGCCCUAAAGCAUCUGGCGACGGCACCAUCGUCAUCAGCGACAGCGACGAGGAGAGUGAAGCCUUCCAGAGCCCCACAGUCAAUGGCAGGAAGAGGAGGAGGAGGAGGAAGCCUCUGAGCCCGUCUGUGUUUAAGUACACCGUGAGGAUGACCAAAGCAGAACAUUCCGAGCCGUUCACUGUGAAAGGGAGUCACAUCAGUCGCAGGAAGACCAGCGUCUCCAAAGAGAGGCUGAAGCUCCUGUUCAAGCAGCACUGUGAACCUCACAACGGGACCAUCGUCCUCAAGUCCUCCACAGUGACCAAGUACCGGCUCUCUGAACAAUGCUUCUCUCAGUUCUUCCCUGAUGAGCCCCCCCUCCUCCCCUUCAGCCCUCCUGCUAAAGGUGGCCGUGGCUCACCUGGACAGACCAGCUCGUCCCUCCGGAAGGCAGCAGAAGAGAAGCUGAAGCUUCUGCAGCAGAAAGACGACAUGGCCGCUGCAGCUAAGGACCGAGUUCGUCUAAAGAAGGAGAAGGAGGACGUGCAGGAGGCUAGGAGGAGGGAGAGGGAGGACCGGGAGAGAACCAAGGAGGACCAGAGAAAGAGGUUUGAGGAGGAGAAACUCAAGAGGAGGGAGGAGAAGGAGCGCAGGAAGCUGGAGAAGGACAGGGAGCGAGAGAAGCUGAGAGAGGAGAAGAAGAAGUAUGCAGAGCGCUUGAAGCUGUGGAGCAAACCCAGAGAGGACAUGGAAUGUGAGGACCUGAAGGAUCUGCCCAGUCCCGUCCCAGUGAGGACCCGUCUGCCCCCCCACCUCUUUGGAGAAGCUCUGAUGGUUCUGGAGUUCCUGCGGGCCUUCGGCGAGGUCCUUGCCCUGAAGGACGAGUUCCCAGAUGGAGUCUCUCUGGAGGUUCUGGAGGAGGCCCUGGUGGGUUCUGAUCCUGAAGGUCCUCUGUGUGAGUUGCUGUUCUUCUUCCUGUCAGCCAUCUUUCAGGCUCUGGACGAAGAGCAAGAAGACGUGGCUAAAGAGCAGGCAGAAGACCUCCCGGAGGCUCUGGAUGAUGACCACGAUGCCACCCAGUCUGCGCUGAGUGCUGUCGCCUCAUUGGCUGCCUCGUGGCCUCAGCUGCACCAGGGUUGCGGUCUGAAGCAGCUGGAUCUGGACAGCUGUACGCUGUCAGAGAUCCUGCGGCUGCACAUCCUGGCAUCUGGUGCUGACUGUUACCAUGGCAACGCCAAGUUCCGAUACCAGAAGCAGGGCGGGUUCACCCUGAUGGACGACCCGUGUGUGGAGCUGCGAUUGGCCGAGCCCUUGCUGCUGAAGAGGCUGUCGAGCACCUCUGUGUACGACCUGACUCCAGAGGAGAAGCUGAGGAUCCUGAAGGCGCUGAUGGGGAAGCUGCUGACGUUGGCCUCCAGCAGAGACCUAAUAGAAGACUGUGUGGAGGAUCAAAGAUCUGCUAAACAGGAGCUCAGAGAAAUCCGAUCUGAACAACACCGCAGAGACCGGGAGGAGGCUGCACUCAGGGUCCGUCUCCGUAAGGAGGAGAAGCUGAGGGAGCAGGAGAUGAGGAUGAAGGAGAAGGAAGAGAGACUGAAGCAGCAGGAGGUGAAGGGAGGACUCAACCCCACCAGUGAGGCUCUUUUAAAACAUUCAAUCGAAGAAGACAAGGAGCAAAACUCUUCAUUCAACAAGAUAACGGAAAUCGACCAGAUAGACAAUCAGCUGACCUCUGACCCCAAGCCCCUGCCCUGCCCCCCCACCCUGCUAAGUGCCAAGGAGCAGGAGAAGGUUCGAGAGCUGCAGGAGCGGAUCCAGAAGGCUGCGUCCUGCACCUGCCUGCUGCCGCUGGGUCGGGACCGCAUGUACCGCCGGUACUGGCUCCUCCCCUCGGCCCCCACCCUGUUUGUAGAGGAGGACGGCUUCGGCCUGACGGAAGACAUGCUGCGUCCACGGCCCAGACCCCCCCAGGACGCCCCGCCCCCCAUGGAGGAGGAGGAGCUUGCCCAGGGGAGUGCUGGCUCAAGCCCCACCCCCCUCAGCACCUGUGGGCCGCCUGUCAAAUGUCUCAACCAAUGGUUCUUCUACACCUCGGUGGAGGAGGUGGAUCUUCUGAUUGAGGCUCUGAACCCCAGAGGUCACAGAGAGAGCGGCCUGAAGGAGGCGCUGCUGCAGGAGAGAGACAAACUGACCCACCUGAUGCUCAACUGUGAGCGGAGCAAGUACACCUACACAGAUGAUCUGGAGUGUUGCCAAUCUGUCCCAGAAUGCACCUCUGCAGCUGAGACCCUGAUGGAGGGGAGACUGAGAGACCUGUUGCUGGACAUUGAAGACCGAAUCCACCAGGGAACCUUGGGGACCCUGAAGGUGAUGGACAGACAGGUGUGGCGCUCGGCACUGGGAGCAGGAAACUACGAGCUGCUGUGCUCUGACGGCAGAAUGAACGGACGGGUGGAGCCUGUGGAGGUGGACUCACCUGUCCACCUGAGAGCCAGAGACAGACUCCAGGAGCUGAGGUGUGACGGCGGCAGCGGCGGAGCGACGCCUCAGCUGGUCAGCAGCUCGGUGCCGAUCCUGGCCCAGGCGCUGGCUCACAUUGAGCAAGGCAUCGAGAGGCGCUUCAUCAAAGCUCCACUGGGAGACGAAGACUCAAAGAAAGAUCACAAGUCCAAGAAGAACAAAAAAAAAGACGAGGACCAGGCCAGUGAUGACGGCAGUGACAGCGGGCGGGUCAUUAAGACAGUGUUGGAGCGAUGGAGGGAGUCCCUUCAGAUUUGCUCAAGUCUGUCUCAGGUGUUUGUCCACCUGUCCAGUCUAGAGAGGAGUGUCCUCUGGUCCCGCUCCGUCCUCAAUGCUCGCUGUCGCAUCUGCAGACGCAAAGGAGACGCCGACAACAUGCUGCUGUGUGACGGCUGUGAUCGAGGACACCACACCCACUGCCUGAGACCCCGCCUCAAGGCGGUGCCAGAAGGCGACUGGUUCUGUCCAGACUGUCGACCCAAACAGCGAUCAAGACGCCUCCCAUCCCGUCAGCGCUCUUCUAUUGAUGAGGAAGAGCCAGAAGAGGAGGAGGAGGAGGAGGAAGAAGAGGAAGAGGAUGAAGAAGAAGAUGAAGAGGAGUCGGAGGAAGAAGAGGAUUCCGAUGAGGAGGAAGAACCAGUAGUUGUCAGAACCAAGAAAAACCCGUCCCUGCCCUGUAAAGGCAAAGGUCCACAAGCCACUGCCAAGAACUGCACACCUGCCUCAGCAGGGAAAAACACAUCUGCAUCCAAGUCCUCAGGUAAGAAGGCCAACGCGUCUGCAGGUAAAGCGCCGACCCGUUCUGGAAGUCGGGUCAGCGCCCGUCUGAGCCACGAGAUCCUGGCAACAAACACCAAGACCUCCGUGGCUCAGACAGAGCCCCUCAAGAGGCAGCCAACAGACGUAGCCCCGCCUCCUAAACCCUCCAGACCCGUCCUCCCCCCCCCUUCAUCCUCCUCCAGCCGGCGCUCUUCUGGCAGGAACCAUGGCGUCCAUGAGCUGUCGGCCUGUGAGCAGCUGACUGUGGAGCUCGUCAGACAUGAGGACAGCUGGCCUUUCAUGAAGCUGGUGUCCAGGACUCAGGUGCCUGACUACUAUGAUAUCGUCAAGAAGCCGAUCGCUCUCAGCACCAUCAGAGAAAAGGUCAACAACUGUGAAUAUCAGGCAGCUGGUGAGUUUGUCUCCGAUGUGGACCUGAUGUUCUCCAACUGUCUCCAGUAUAACCCUCGUCACACUAACGAGGCAAAGGCGGGACAUCGUCUGCAGCAGUUCUUCUACUCGGAGCUUAGCAGGCUCGGCCUAUCAGAGCGAGGCGCCACGCCCCCUGCUAAGCGCUCCCGACGCUGAAUCAAACGUACCCCGUGACCUCCUGACCCUGCUGUUUUUAUGCUCAGAGCCGAUCCAAUCAGAAUGAUUAAAAUGGAAAUGAUCUCAUGGUCACAUGAUCAGUUUUGCUCUUAAAACAAAUGUUCUGAAGAAAGUUUUGUCUUCUUGGAGUUUAUGAAACGUUGAGUAGAUUUGACCUGCUGACCUUCAGGGUCUUUACUUUCUGUCCAUAUAUGUGGACAAGAGAGACAAAUGGUAGACACAGAUACGCUGAAGGACAGACCGUAAAGACAUUAGAGAAGGGACACUAGAGCAAAUGGAGACGGGCAAUAACUACUAAACAAAGUUCCUCUUUACACCAGCAUCCAAACAAUCUCCCAUCAGGCCUUUGUUUUCUCUCAGGGACAAAAAUAAUUUAGAUUUCAAUGGGAAGUAUUUUUUUACUGAAGCAUCGCCGGGCAACGAGGCCAAAUGUCAUUAAUGAAUAAAAGUGAAAUAAGUCAGCCUUUCACUCUGCUGUGUGUGUGUGUGUGUGUGUGUGUGUGUGUGUGUGUGUGUGUGUGUGUGUGUGUGUGUGUGUGUGUGUGUGUGUGUGUGUGUGUGUGUGUGUGUGUGUGUGUGUGUGUGUGUGUGUGUGUGUGUGUGUGUGUGUGUGUGUGUGUGUGUGUGUGUGUGUGUGUGUGUGUGUGAGGGCUUUUAGCAUAAAGUGAUUUGGAUUUAGGGUAAAAGAUCAAAUGAAUAUGUGGAAUCGUUCCUUCAGCCGAAGAAACCGGACUCUCUGGAUUUGUAGUUGUUCUGUUUUCCCUUAAUGUGUUUGUAGCAGCUGCAGCUCGGCCUCUCUCUGCUGUACACUACACUGGAGCCACUGCUGUGUAUUUAUUUAGUUCUUUGUUGGAUUUAUUUAUGACUGAUAGAAGCUUCCUGAUGCUCCUUGUUCUCAUGUAAAAAUAAACUGACUUUAAUAACGCA